AUGCGCAGUCGCAUGUUCUCGACCUUUCGAGUACUCCAGCAUGAGAAUCCCCUCGGUCUCCCACGUUCAGGCACCCCUCCAAGCCUCAAGAGCCGCCGCGGACUCCCUCAGAAACGCAAAAUUCGAGAUGUGAAGAAAGUCAUUGCCGUGUCAUCGGCCAAGGGCGGCGUGGGCAAGUCAACAGUUGCAGUCAACCUGGCUCUCUCCUUCGCUCGACGGGGAAUUAGGACAGGCCUUCUAGAUACCGAUAUCUUCGGCCCAUCCGUCCCAACCCUCCUCAAUCUCUCCGGAGAACCUCGACUUGAUGAAAAUAACUGCCUCAUACCCCUAACAAACUACGGCUUAAAGUCAAUGUCAAUGGGCUACCUCCUCCCCCAAACACAAACAGACACCCAAACCGGCGAAGUACCAAUGGACACAACGCCAAUUUCCUGGCGCGGACUAAUGGUCACAAAAGCCAUGCACCAAUUACUCCACUCCGUAUCCUGGGGCCCAUUGGACGUCCUCGUUCUAGACCUCCCACCCGGAACCGGCGACGUCCAAUUAACAAUCAACCAAGAAGUGAUAAUCGACGGCUCGGUAAUCGUGACAACGCCCCAAGAUAUCGCGCUCCGCGACGCAGUCCGCGGCUUUGGCAUGUUCCAGCGCAUGGAUGUCCCCGUCUUGGGAAUGGUUCGGAAUAUGGCCUAUUUCGCUUGCCCGAAUUGCGGGCAUCAGACGAAGAUUUUCUCGCAUGGCGAUGGCGAUGGUAACAAUCACUCCUGUGAAGAUCGCGGUGUUGUGGCGGAAUGUAAGCGGCUAGGUGUGGAUUUCCUUGGUGAUAUCCCGCUCGAUGCGCGAGUUUGCGAGGAUGCGGAUCGUGGAAUGCCGACUGUUGUUGCCGAGGAGAGUGCGGAGCGAAGUGCCCGUCGCGAAGCUUUCCUUAGUGUUGCUGAACAAGUCGCCCGUAAAAUUGGUCUGGAGUGGCGUUAA